GAAGUACUUCUGAUACCAAUGCCCCUAGCUUGUAGGUUCACUUACUCGGCUACAUUGCACGUCGGUUCCAACUUAGACUACAAGUUCUUCGCUUUCUGGCGUCUCUCUCCUCUUUCUCCACUUUUUCAGGUCCCUCCUCCUACGUACAAGCAGGCCUGAUUGUUCCUUUGUUGGCACGGAAAACUCCCAGACCGAACGUUCUCGGCUUUCUUUUACCAAUACCCAGCAACUCUCUUCGUCUUCUGUCAAAGCAAAGUGUCUUGCAAGUCCGACGAGAUCUAACAUAGUACGAGUACUGUACCUCUGCAUCAGAACAGUUGCUCUAGAUCUUACCAACACACAAACAGAUCACGGCAUGACUUCCGCAAAGUCUGUUUCAAUGGCUGGGAGCACGGGCCUGGUGGUGAGUACAUAUAUUCGUUCGUUUAUCCUUUUGCUACCCCUUUCAAUGUGGGCUCUUAUUCUUUUCUUUAUCGCCGCAUCCUUCGCCUCAUCCCCUAUCGGUAGUCUCCUGGAGGCCCGCUUUGAAUAUACUGAUGACGUAGUUUUACUAAUGUUGGUGCGAGAAGGGCUCCUUCGCACUCCAAAGCUUUCUUUCGAGCCCGCAGACUUCCCAUGUGCAUGCCUUGAUGCGCCGCGCUUAUCCCCACCCCAUUACCGACCCCGAAUCAAAGCUCAAGCCUCUCAUUUCGAGUGACACUGCGACAUGGCCUGCAACGCUUCGCUCUGCACCCACUACCGUGUUUGUAUCCAGUCUUGGAACUACACGCGGGGAUGCCGGCUCUUUCGAGGCUCAGCGUAAAGUCGACUUUGACCUUAACCUUGAUUUAGCAAAGGCAGCCAAAGCAGCCGGUGCAAGGUCUUGCGUCCUAAUCUCCACCGCCGGUGCAGACUCGACCUCUCGGCUCCCUUACAUGAAGAUGAAGGGAGAAUUGGAAGAUGCUGUUAUCGAGAUAGGUUUUGAAAAGAUGGCAAUCCUAAGGCCAGGGUUAAUCGUCGGGUCACGCGAGAAGGCGAGGCUGCUGGAUUAUCCUCUCCAUGGUGUGGCCAACCUCCUUGGUGCUAUCUCGGGUGGAAAGCUGAAGGAUGUGUGGGCUCAGGAUGCAGAUACUAUUGGGAAAGCUGCUGUCAGGGUCGCUCUGGAGGAAGGUGUUUGGGAAGGCAAGGGGAAGCAGGAAGGCGGAAAGACGGUUUGGCACCUCACGCAGGCCGACAUCGUCGCCCUUGGGAAACAUGCAACGUCUUAAGUGAUCGGUCGGAAUGCCCGAGCAUUGGUUGGGAAAUGUAUACCAAGUGCAGGUGCAAGUGCUUUUACAGUACUCGUGUGUUUUGUUUUGUUUUGUUUUUCCAUUUUUUUUUCAUUCCUUUAUCUUCUUCCCCCCCAUGAUUGAUGUCGGGGCUCGCUAGCUUCAGUAGUUCCGAAUUAACAUUGCAUGAUAAUAUUAUCAAAUUGGACUGUGCAAGUAUUUGGAUUCAAACGAACAUAAUCUAUCUCCAUUGUACGAGUAGUGUACUCAAGUACGCUUCGGCAACUGAGACUCACCUUGCGUGCAUAUUAUUACCCACUUAGGCCAUUUCCUGGCAUGAUGUAAAAAGCAAGGCUGCCGAGUUCUCAAAGGUACGGCGGGUUGAGCAGUCUGAGGGCUGAGGGAACGGCGCUCGUUUAUUU